GCGACAACGUUGUUCAAUUCUUUUCCAAGUCUAGGAUGAACCUUUCCAUAAGCAGGUCACAUCAUCCUCAUCAUGGAUGAUCCUGCUGGCGACUCUUCUCCUUCGAGCGAGCCCUCAUCUCCUUCUUCAUAUGAGCCACCUCCUCCAUCGUCGAGCCAACAACCAAUUCUUCUUCCAUCAACCAUCCAGCCUCGCCUUCCGACCGUGGAAGAGGAAGAAGACUCUCCCGUGACCGAGCGACAUCCUCCUCUGAGUGCACAGCCUCUUCCGCCCUUGAGCGAACGUUCUCCUCCUCCAUCAAAUGAACAACCUUCUCCUCCCACCUCGGACGAGCCCACAAAUUCGCCCAUGGUACCCCCAAAUCAUCUCAACCUCCGAGUAGUGUACUUGGUCACUGGCAAUCCACGACCACCGCAUAAUAUCGGGAUCUUGCAUGUGGACACGACCGUGUCGGCAUUGAGGGAACGAAUACAAGAAUCACUCCCAGAACACCCCUCUCCGCAGCAUCAACGCCUCAUCUACCAUGGGAGGCCGCUCCUGCGCAGCGAUGCCACCUUGCGCGAGGUCUUCCGCAUCCAGGCUGGAAGUACUCCUGGCCCUCUCCCGUUCACGCUACAUAUUGUCAUCCAGUCUCAGCAAGAUGCGACCACCACUGCCACUGCCCCCAACGCAACCGGACCCUUGAAUCAGCCUCCAGGCCCGCCAACAAAUCCCUCUGUACCUGGCCUCAAUCACGAGCUCCAGGCACAUUUCGCUCGCGUUCAGCAGCAAGUAGAGUCCGAUCUGCAUACUGUACAGCACGGGCUUGCCAUGCUGCGCAAUAAUUUUGCGACUCAUGUCGAUGGACCAGUCCAGGUAGUGAGACUGAAUCAGGGAGGCAAUCCACAAAACCAGCCAGGUCCGUUCGUCGGCCUCACUCCACAACAGGUUGCUCAAUUACAACCACCUGCCUUCCGAGGACAUCAAGCCGGACCCAACCCAAGGACUGUCACCACAAAUACUACUACGAAUAUACGCGACACUGUUGAAGUUCACAGAGCCGUCCGUCCAAAUCGUCACCAAACCACAGUGAUGAGCCACCCAAGCAACCGCACAACAACACCAUCAUCUCAAGAUCCACCAGCAGUACCACCGCAAUCCCACACAGCACACCAACCACCGCCGCUCAAUCCUACCCAUGCGAACACACCGGCACUCACGGCAGGUCCAUUACCCCUCCACAACCUCCAUCCUCCCUAUCCACCACUCUUCGAUCAGCAUCAGCGACUAACCUCUACAACUCGAAAUUUGCCUCCCCGUGGAACUGCCUGGCUGCUGUGGACGGCCACAGGCCCUCGAGGGUUCUUGUUUUCACCUGGCUUCGGUUAUUUUACUUCUAUGCGGCCCGUUUCUCAAACCCCAGUCAUUAAUGCUCAGACAACACAGCCUGAAAGGACUGUUGAACCCGGAGUUCCUACGCAGCAACAGCCUCUUGGCCAGGCGGACGGUGCCGGUGCCAAUGUUGACAGAGCUAUCGUCAGACCGGGGCAGAGGCUGGCUCAACCCCAGGUAGCGCAAGGUUUACAGAAUGCCGAGGAUAACGACAUCUUUGCAUUUCUGAUACAACGUGGUUGGUUAUUCCUGCGACUGUAUCUUUUUAUGUUUGUGUUUUCCGAACCAGGAACCUGGAAAAGAUGGGCCAUGAUCAUCAUUGCCGUUGUUGUCUGUCUCCAGCCCCAGAAUGGGCCAUUUGUUCGUGGAAUGCAAGCUGCACGGCGACACCUAGAUAAUUUGAUCGGCCCCCAGGCUCCACAGCCUCAACUUGAUGGGGCAGCACAGGGCCAAGGAGCGAAUGCUACGAUUCAAGGUGCUCCACGACCAGCAAAUAUUCGUGGAGCAGUGCAGAUGACACCUGAAGAAGCUGCCGCUAGACUGCUGCGUGAGAGGCGAGGGCGCAAUCGUGGAAUUUGGCGAGAAAGCCUUUAUCGAAUCGAGCAGGGUGUGGCGCUCUUCCUGGCAAGUCUGAUACCUGGCGUCGGAGAGCGACAUGUUAUGGCGAGAGAGGAAGCGAGACGACAGGCACAGCGCGAAGAAGAGGAGCGAAGACGGGCAGAGGAAGAGGCGGCAGCAGGACGUCAGACCAGUACUGAAAAUGAGCAGAGUGGUGUUGCUGUGGCGGAGACAAACCUGGGCACACAUGCAGAAGUAAAAGUGGACAGGCCUGAGGAAUCUAGCCCGUCAAGUUCCUCCGUUCAGAUUCGUGAUGCAGGGGUGGAAGACGGCCAACUCAGGAAUCGGACGACUUGAUCAUCCUGGCAAUUUUUAUGGUCUUUCGACUUUUACGCUUUCGCCAACUAUCUAUGAGAAAGGAAAUGGAGUAUGGGUCCUGCGAUGAAUAUGGCUUGCAUGAGCAAGAGCUUCUCGUUUCUCAAUAAGUUUCGGUCUUAGCAGUUUCAAAAAGGUGACUUGGCAUGCAUGAAAUGACAUCUUCUAGAUCUAUCUAAAUCUGUAUCCCUC